AUGCGCGCUUUUUAUGUGAGGCGCUACAAGUUUGUCCUCCAGGAAUACCUCCACUAUCUCUCUUGUCUAUUCAAUGGAACUAGUAGUGAAGUUGUGUUUCGUGAACUUCGCCGACACGCAUUUUUUUUACGCACUACCCAUGGACCCGAACGCGUCCAGGACCUCUAUUCGUCAUUCCAUCAGCAUCGGGGUGCCAGCUUCAAGUCUCCGUUGUUAAGUCUGUGCCCGCAGCAUCAGAAGGGCAGUGAGGCGUUGAAAGAAUACGUGAGUCGUCUGUUUGUAGAGCGUGGAUUGGACGGAACUGGCGAAGCCUCAAGCAUCGGAAGCUUCUAUCGUGCCGAAGGAAAUUCCACAGGUGCUCCUUUAGGCUUUCGUACUCGGCAUAUUCUAAGAAACGUCCCACACAAGGCUAGGGAUGUCGAGGACAAGCCUGGCCGACAAGUCAGUUGCUUCAUCGACGAAGUCCAUGAAGGUUCCUCGCUCAAACCUUGGCCGAAUUACUCUGACUACCUUUGUCCACGCUCAUGGACAGGAGGUGUCGGAAUGGAAAGAUUGUGCCUAGUAAUUAAACGCCCGGUGCCAAUCAAACUCUUCCGCUCACCACCUAGUAGCACCGUUGAAGAUAGCUCUCUCAAUGGCCCCAACCGCAGCUGGAUCCGACGGAAGAUCUGCGUCUUCAUCUGGGCAAGGCUCAUCAGACGGGCGGGAUUGAAAGUCCUGACACGAGCAGUCCUCGUUACAGUUGCGUCGUCUUCUAUGAAAUAUUGUUCCGAUUCGGAUUCUCAUACAAUUUUUUUGCUUGAUCAGUAUACUAUCGCCUAUUCACCAAAGACAGUCCAAUUGCAACGAACAACCCGAUCUAUGCAAACAACCUAUUCUCAGACAGCUGUUACGGAGUCCUUUCGAUUGGCUCUCAAGGAGCCUUUUGGCCCGGGGAUAUCUGAGGACGACCCCAUGGUUCUAGUAGUUGAAGCGGAAGAUGCCGAAAAGCGGUCAGCGAGCACGGUGCAAUCGAAGGGUCUCCCUGAGGCUGUGACGCCCGAGCCUCGUUAUGUUUACUACCGGCUUUACGAGGAAGAAGGAGCAAUGACUUCCAAAACAUCCUUUGACCCGGAUGAUUCUUCCUUGGGUCACAUUAACACGCUCUCUAUCGCGCCACCUCAAACGGUGUCCUCUCUGAGGUCGCAGAUUGUAAAAGCUGAGGGCAUCGCUGAUCGCAAGAUUCAACUGUUUGGGGAUAUGGACGGCGAGGUGCCGAUGAAUGAUAAUGACCACUUAACUUUCCGAGCACAGGUCUAUCCGGGACACGUUGAAGAUGAGCCCAUAACUCUUGUUUGUAGCCAAGAGAAGGCCGAGAAAAAGCAGAAGAACGCCCUGGGUCGAGUAGUGCGAGACCCAACCUUUAAUAAAAAGCUUCAAGGCUUGCUGCUAAUGAAUCCACGUCCGGAUAUUCAAGCAAACUGGCUCCCCUUCGCGGCGAACGAAAUUCUGUAUACAAACGGCGUCAAAACGACAGGUUACGCAAUCCCUGGGUUUACCUAUCCUGGAUACAUGGCGAUGAAUUCCGCUGGUAGAAAAGGCUUCGUCUAUGAUUCGCAUGCCAGGCUCUGCUAA